AUGGAGCCCGCUGGACAGCCACGACACGCCGGUUCCCCCGGUCCGCUGGCCGCCGCCGUCGAGUUCACCUGGGAGGGGUGGGGGUGCGAGGUGGAGGGCCGGUCCUCCCCCCUCCCGCAGCAUGGGGGCUCGGCGUCCUCAGAUGAAUCCGAGCCAGAGCCCCCCGCCACCAAGCCCAGGAGGGUGUCCUUCGCCGACGCCUUCGGUUUGGACCUGGUGUCGGUGAAAGAGUUCGACAGUCAGGACGCCACCGCCGUGCCGGCCGCCGGGCCGCUGGAGGGGGGUGUGGCAGACUCGGAGGAGUACUUCCUGUCGUCUCUGUUCGCGGUGCCGGAGACGGCCGAGGAGCUGCUGGGGAAACUGCAGGAGCAGAAGUGUGAGUUGGAGUGCGUCGAGCUUCUCCCCGGGACCACGGCACUCAGGGGGAUCAUCCGCGUCCUCAACCUCUGCUACAGCAAGGCGGUGUACGUCCGCACCACGCUGGACAGCUGGAGCACCCACUUCGACCUGCUGGCCGAGUUUGUCCCGGGUUCGAGCGACGGGCAGACCGACCGGUUCAUGUUCAAGCUCACCCUGGUCCCGCCGUUCGAAAGAGAGGGGGCCCGGGUCGAGUUCUGCAUCAGAUACGAAACGGCAGUUGGCAGUUUUUGGGCAAACAACAAGGGGAUGAAUUAUGUGUUGUUCUGUCACCAAAGAGGAGGCAGAGAUUCGAAGGAGAAACAGCAGGAAGAUUUCAGUUACAGGAACAAGAAAAGCUGCCUGAAAACCAUCAGUAAGGACAAGUCCACCGAGGCGAAUCCGACUGCGAUUUCAGCAGAAACGGCAGAUUUACCCAACCAUGAACAGGAAGUGGUUGUCAGACAGGUCCCAGAAACCCCUGUGUCAUAUUCAGCUGGGCUGCUUCAUGAAGAUAAUCGGCAAAAGUCAUUGGUGGAGAACGAGCAAACAGUCAUCAGCAGGCGCAGGCGGAGGGCGGCCCGAUUGGCCCGGGUACGAGAUCGCUUCUCCCGGGAGAAGAUCGAGGCACAGCAGGGAGACGAGGAGAGCGGGGACUCGGAGAGGUCGCGGCUGUCGCCAGAUAUCAGCGCGCCUCCGUUGGAGGGAACCACCCCCCACCCUCUCGGAAUACAGGACACACGGCAGGUGGGCGGUGAGGAGAGGACGGCAGCGUGUGACCGAACCCCUCCGUUUUCGUUACGGUUGGACAGAGGCGACGUGCUGCAGCUUGCUGCAGAUGCAAACAGCGCGGCGGACGGAGGAUCUCCGGACGUCCCGUUACACACCAGACAAGAGCUGGACACGUGGCGGGACGCCAGCCACACUUUCGUUAAUGUUGGGGACACUCACCCAAUGGUGUGCACAGCAGCGGUGGAGGACAUAGCUCCUCAGAGCACUCUCUGGGAUUCGGCUCUUGCAGAACCCAUUAUCGGACAGUCAGACACAAGCCAGGAGCCUCCCCUUAUAGUUGCGGACAGUAAUAACCAGGAAAUACUCAGGGAAACAAGAGCACUGGAGGCUGAUGCCAGUGAUGGAAUCGACAGGGAUCAACAAGGCAGCUCUGACCUGACAGGACCUGACAGUCGAGAGGUCAACCUCUUUUUACCCCGCAAGGACCUCUUCAAAUUUGAGACCUUUGUGGCCCCCUUGUACCAGCAGGCUUAUUGCAGAAGGGGAACUGAGAGUCACUAUGUCACUGCAGAGUACGAGGAAGAGGAGCAGAUGUCCGAAGAAUCAGACGAUGAGAGUCAGACGGAAAGCACAGCCAAUGAUAGCCAUUUAACCGCGGAGGCUGCGGGUUGGCUACAGUCACCUGUUGAUUCUGGAGUAACAGCUGUGGACUGGCUUCAGAGUUCAUAUGAGAGUCUGCAGACAGCAUCUGAUGAUUUACCGAACACAGACCCGAAUCCAUGCAGCCGGGAUGAGCGUCUUCACAGCCAAAACCGUAACACAAUGACUUUGCUAGAAAGCAGAGGGGCCCUGGGUCCUGGAGCAGAGACUGUUUCAGGAGAGGGUGUUGCCCAGGUAGAUGAGUGUGGAAACUAUAUCAGGGACAAUGGAAGGGACUGUUUCACAAUGGAACCUGCAGAUUUACUUUCAACCUUGGGGCAGGUAGAGACACAGACAGAAGCAGUAGUGACAACAGCCCCCUUCGAACCUGUGCACACCAGCGCUGCAGUCGGGAUCAUACCAGGACAUUGUGAUGGAAAUGCUCUCUCUCCAGCAGCAACUGAGAUGGACAGCAAAGUGCAUGAACCAGAGAGCAAUGUGGCAUUUACACUGAGCUCCAGUGAAAGGCAGAAAGGUGUUAUAAAAGAAGGAGGGGGUGUCAGAGAAAAGGAAGAGAAAAAGGAAGAAGAAUCAAUAGGAAGCAAAAAAGAAAGUGACAAAGAACAAAAUGUCUCAGUGGAGAGAGAAGAGCUUCUUGACAAAGACGAAGAGGUAUCAAUGGAAAAGAAAGUAGGUGUAGAUGAAGACAAGAAUAAUGUCUCGGUAGAAAAGGAAGAAGAGGGUGAUAAGGUGGAAGAGGUAUCUAUUGAGCAUGAAGAUCUUGAUGAUGAAGGAGUAUUACUGAAGCAUGAAGAUCUUGAUGAUGAAGAGGUAUUACUGGUACACAAAGACCUUGAUGAUGAAGAGGUAUUACUAGUACAGAAAGAUCUUGGUGAUGAAGAAGUAUUAUUGGAACACAAAGACCUUGAUGAUGAAGAGGUGUUAUUGGAACACAAAGACCUUGAUGAUGAAGAGGUGUUAUUGGAACACAAAGACCUUGAUGAUGAAGAGGUGUUAUUGGAACACAAAGACCUUGAUGAUGAGGUAUCAAUAAAAAAUGAAGAUCAUGAUGAUGACAAGACAUCAACGGAGCAUGUAGAUUCUGAUAAUGAAGAGGUAACCAUGAAAAAUGAAGACAUUAGUGAUGAAGAAGGGCCAAGGGAUAAUGAAUUUAUGGACAAUGACGAGAUAUCAAUGGAAAAUGUAGAUCUUCGUGAUAAGAAGGCAUCAGUGGAAAGCAAAGAUGAUAGUAAUGAUGAAGAAUUAAUCGAAAGUGAUGGUGAUACUGACAAUGAAGGGGUUCAGACAAUGCAGGAUCUUGGUAAGGAGGAAUCAGAGACAGCAAUGGAAAAGACAGAGGAUUUUGAUGAUGAAGAGGAAGAGGCUUUAAGAGGAAUGACAGAGGAGCUCAGUAAAGAAGAGAAAGAGCUGUCAGUGGAAAGGGAAGAGGUCUUGAUGACACCUGAUGAAGAAGCUGGAGAAGAGGAUAGGGAAUGGGAAGGAGACCUCAGUAAAAAAGUAGAAGAAUAUGUACCCAUUGAAAAGGAUGUCAAUCUCCAGGAAGCAGGAGAAAAAUCAGACAGUGAAAAAGGGGGAGACGCCAAUGGAGGUGGGGGAGAACCCAAAGAAGAAGGGCACAGUUUCAGGGAGGGAGAGGAGAAUUCCUGCAGGGAAAAGGCUGAUUAUGAGGGAGAAGGUGACACCACCUCCACAGACUCUCUCACGGACGAUGAGAUUGAGUUGCACAUGUACAGUGUGAAAUCAGCCCAUAUGCGGGAACUCAGCCACACCCCCGCUGCAGCGAACAGAAACACAUCUAUGACUGUCGUCAAGAGGCCUUCCAUAAGCAGGGCCAGAAUGCUGCCCGCCUCCCUGUCCUCCAUACGAGAGUCGCUGAAUGAGGAUGGCGAUGGGGAGGAGCCCAGCCGCCCUCAGGAAGACAUCUUCCACGUGGAGCAGCCAGGCGACCUCGCCACCAUCAAACUGCCUCCUGUCGAGAAGGUGGAGAACGUUGCAAGGAGUUACCUGAGCACCUGGGGAGCAUUGCUCUCCUUUGGGCACGUUUCGACAGCCUUUCUGUACGCCCUCCUGUGUCUGGUGUUCUUUAUCACGGCUUACUUCUACGACUUCCUGGCCUGCUUUGCCCUUUAUCUCUUCUCUGUGUACUGGCUGUGCUUCCAUGGAGAGAAACCUCGCUUGCAGGGCAGCAACAGAAUGGAGUAG